AUGGCAGCACAAGCACUUGUGUCUUCUUCACUUACCUCCUCUGUUCAGACCGCUAGACAGAUAUUCGGCACUAAACCAGCUGUGUCCGUCUCACAGAAGAAGACUUCCUUUGUCGUUAAGGCAGCUUCAACUCCACCUGUCAAGCAAGGAGCAAACAGACCAUUGUGGUUUGCAUCAUCACAGUCGCUCUCUUACUUGGAUGGCAGCUUACCUGGAGACUUUGGAUUUGACCCGCUUGGUCUUUCAGACCCAGAAGGUACCGGAGGGUUCAUUGAGCCGAGAUGGUUAGCCUACGGAGAGAUCAUCAACGGACGGUUCGCUAUGUUAGGUGCAGCAGGAGCUAUAGCACCUGAGAUCCUAGGCAAAGCCGGUCUGAUCCCAGCAGAGACAGCUCUUCCCUGGUUCCAAACCGGUGUGAUUCCACCAGCAGGGACAUACAACUACUGGGCAGACAACUACACACUCUUUGUUCUAGAGAUGGCUCUGAUGGGAUUCGCUGAGCACAGGAGGUUGCAAGAUUGGUACAACCCUGGAUCUAUGGGGAAACAGUACUUCUUGGGGUUAGAGAAAGGUUUCUCCGGCUCAGGUAACCCGGCUUACCCUGGAGGACCUUUCUUUAACCCUCUUGGGUUUGGGAAAGACGAGAAGUCGAUGAAAGAGUUGAAACUCAAAGAGGUCAAGAACGGAAGACUGGCUAUGCUUGCAAUCCUCGGUUACUUUAUUCAGGGGCUAGUGACCGGUGUGGGGCCUUACCAGAACCUUCUUGAUCAUUUGGCGGAUCCUGUCAACAACAAUGUCUUGACCAGCCUCAAGUUCCACUGA